ACCAAAUAAAACUAAACCCAAUAUAGUAGCAAGCAUUAGGUUAAGUGGCCUGAGGUCACCGAGUUGUUUAUUAGGCACAUGAUGCAAACUUGGGCACUUCCUCCAGCAACCCCCGGGUGGCUUGCCUAACCUCCUCUACUGCAGUCUCCCUGGGAGUUUCCCUCAGCCGGGCCAGCCGCGCUCCUCACUGCCUUUACAAUUCCUCCCGGUCCUCUCUUUGCGACCCCAGCUCUUCCACGCGCUGGUGUUUGCUCGCAGUGCCUGAGGGCGGGGCGGACCUCAGCCUCCCCCCGCCUCCCCACCCACCAGCUCGGGUGGCGCAGGCGCACCAGGCGCGGCCGGGAGGCCGAGGGCAACCACAGCAGCUCCGACUGGGGCUCCUCCCGCCGGGUCUGAGUGGGCUGGUAGGCGGCCACCGAGUCUGCUCUGGGCAGGGGCCGGCGGGCGGCGUGGCCAUGGGCGCAGGCUGGAGCAGCGACGAGGAGCGGCAGCCGCUACUGGGGCCCGGGCUCGGGCCUGGACCCGGGGCUGCGCGCAGGAGCCGGGAGGCGGCGGCGGCGGCGGCGGUGGCGCUGCCUGCGGCUGGCCCCGGUCCGGGACGGGUGUACGGGCGCCGUUGGCUGGUGCUGCUGCUCUUCUCGCUGCUGGCGUUCGCGCAGGGCCUGGUCUGGAACACCUGGGGCCCUAUCCAGAACUCGGCGCGCCAGGCCUAUGGCUUCUCCAGCUGGGACAUCGCGCUGCUUGUGCUGUGGGGGCCCAUUGGCUUCCUACCCUGCUUCGCGUUCAUGUGGCUCCUGGACAAGAGAGGACUCCGGGUGACUGUGCUUCUGACGUCGUUCCUUAUGGUUUUGGGAACUGGUCUAAGAUGCAUACCUAUAUCAGACUUAAUGCUGAAAAGACGAUUAAUCCAUGGAGGACAGAUGUUAAAUGGAUUGGCAGGUCCAACUGUUAUGAAUGCUGCACCAUUCCUCUCCACAACCUGGUUUUCUGCAGACGAACGGGCCACUGCCACAGCGAUUGCUUCCAUGCUCAGUUAUCUGGGUGGGGCAUGUGCAUUUUUAGUUGGACCUCUUGUUGUUCCAGCUCCCAAUGGGACAUCACCACUUCUUACUGCAGAGAACAGCAGGGCUCAUAUUAAAAACAGCAUUGAGACUGUGUUGUAUGCAGAAUUUGGAGUUGUCUGCUUAAUAUUCUCUGCAACACUAGCUUAUUUCCCACCCCGGCCUCCUCUUCCUCCCAGUGUUGCUGCAGCUAGCCAGAGGCUAAGUUAUCGACGCAGCUUUUGUAGGCUAUUAAGCAAUUUGAGAUUUUUGAUGAUUGCUUUAGCAUAUGCUAUCCCACUUGGUGUAUUUGCUGGCUGGUCUGGAGUUCUGGACUUAAUUUUAACGCCAGUGCAUGUUAGCCAAGUAGAUGCUGGCUGGAUUGGAUUUUGGUCCAUAGUUGGAGGCUGUGUUGUUGGAAUAGCUAUGGCAAGGUUUGCAGAUUUUAUCCGGGGUAUGCUGAAGCUAAUUCUUCUCCUCCUAUUUUCUGGGGCUACACUGUCAUCCACAUGGUUCACCCUGACCUGUUUGAACAGUAUCACACACCUGCCUUUGACUACAGUGACAUUGUAUGCCUCCUGUAUUCUCCUGGGAGUUUUCUUGAAUAGCAGUGUACCUAUAUUUUUUGAGCUUUUUGUGGAAACUGUCUACCCAGUUCCAGAAGGAAUUACUUGUGGAGUCGUCACUUUUUUAAGUAAUAUGUUCAUGGGAGUACUUUUAUUUUUUCUCACAUUUUAUCAUACAGAGUUGUCUUGGUUCAACUGGUGCCUUCCCGGGUCGUGUUUGCUCAGUCUCCUCCUCAUUCUGUGCUUCAGGGAAUCCUAUGACAGACUUUAUCUUGAUGUGGUUGUCUCAGUUUAAUAGCACAGACUCGAGGGAGUUUGAAUGGAGACUGGAAAUCAAUACUGCACACUGCAGAUUUGCUUGGAAUUGCACAUCUAACAGGAAAAAAGGAGAAGAAAGAAACUUCAUUCAGAGGUUUUGUUAGGUUACAGAUUAUUGCAUUAAUUUAACUACUGCUAGGUAAUAAUAAUGUGGGACUUGAGUGGUAAUAGGGGAUUUUAAAACUCUACAAGUGGCAUACCUGUGCCCAAUUUUGGGGUUGGAAGAGUGACGUCUUACACAUUCAGCACUACCUAAGGAAUUCCCUCUGUGUUUUGUGCCAGUGCUAAACUACUGAUAAACUGUAAUUAUGAAAAGAAAAGAAGGCAUCUAUCACAUGAAGAUAACGCCUCCUGAGGUCACAUGACAGAAUAGGAAGAAAUGCCACUAACUUCUAAAGAAGUUUAAACCCUGUAUCAGAUUUUAAUGACAAAAUAGCCAACAGUAUAUCGAUAAUAGAAAUUAGCCACGUGUACACUACAUGUUUUUUCUAAUAAAGCCAUUUCUUAUAUGACUCCU